AUGGCUGGGAGUACCACUUCACGCGAACCUGGCAGCUCGCCCCAGUCAUCAAAGACUCCAGUAACAACAAACUACACCAAAUCACCCCAGGAUGCAGAAGAAGCAGCAAUGGAGAGGCGAAAAAAGGCAGCCGCAAAAGCUCUCGCUGAGCAGUCCCGAUUGAGAGCAAAAUCUUCUCAGAAGUCUUCUGUGAAGAAUUCGAAGCUUCCUGAAGACAGUCAGGAGCCUCGAAAUAUCAGCCCCACCAAAUCCCCUCGCACAUCUCGCAGUGGCUUUGCUGCAGUACCUAGGCCUGUUGGUUCGCACGCUAUUCUCAGUUCAACUUCAGAACCGGGUAUACUACCUACAGCCCGUCACGGCCAUAAAAUCUUACUCAACGAGACCAACUCCACCAACAAUCCUUCACAGGCAACACAUACAGACUCUACAACGAACAAUUCAGGGCCCACCGCAGCCGCAGCCACACCUGCACCUGAACCGCCAGCAACAGAUGUCUCUCCAAAGAAACUGUCGCCGAAUAAUUAUGCAAAGAGAGAUGCCCGGUUCGAAGUUCAGCUUCUGUCAACGAAAGACGAAACGGUAAAACGCGAUAACCCUAGCUACACGUCAAAGCAGAUGUUUCUUGAAUGGGAUGGAAUUGAUAGAGAAGCUUUAAGGGUUGUCAAUGGCGACAGAGAGUGUCUUUUGGUCGAAUUCGGCACUAUUCGGAGGAUUUCAUACAACCCCACCGGCCAACAUCUUCAGCUCAUAUUUAAUUCCACAACACAAGAUGAGGCGCAGACAGUUGUAAUAGCUAUGAAUGCCCUUCCACAUGAAGAAUGGGUACAACUUCAGCAACUAUUCCGGCAGGUGGAGAGAAAGUGGCGGAUUAGAUGUGAUCAGGAAGGCAUGAGUUUCUUCAUGAUGCAAUAAAAUCUAUGAGAAAGAAGCCAUAUAAAAAGAUGGAAACUCCUUACCUCAACAGAUCAAUGUUACGACGGAGCAAGAAGGCUGGCCAACUACAGGACAGGAAGGAG